CAGUAAGCAUGUUGACUGCACUGGUUUUGUUGUGUCUUGGAGCCUUUCUUCUGUACUUACAGCUGAGAAUUCGGCAUCCUAAAAACUUUCCUCCUGGACCCGCACCUGUUCCAAUUUUUGGUAAUUUGCUACAAUUGAGCCGCAUAAGCCCAUUAAAGGACUUUGACAAGUUUGCUCAGCACUAUGGACCAAUCUACGGGAUAUACAUUGGUUCACAGCCGGCAGUGGUGUUAACGGGACAGAAAAUGAUCAAGGAGGCACUGAUCACACAAGGGGCUGAGUUUGCUGGCAGAUCAAACCAUAUGAUGAUCAGUCAUGUAACAAGAAGCAAAGGGGUGAUCAUGGCAGAUUAUGGAGAAAGUUGGCGUGAACAUCGUCGCUUUGCUCUGACCACACUAAGGAACUUCGGCCUUGGAAAGAAAAGUAUGGAGCAGAGGAUUCUGGAGGAGGUCAAACAUAUCUGUUUACUACUGGAGGAAUCUGCUGGAAAGUCAAUUGAUCCUCAACAUCUGUAUCACCAAGCAGCCUCAAACAUCAUUGCCUCAGUCAUUUUUAGGUCACGAUUCGAUUAUCAGGAUGAAUAUUUCCAAACUUUGAUCAAAACUAUGGAAAAUCUUACUAAAAUUGCCAUUGGUCCAUGGGCAAUGCUCUAUGAAAUAGCACCAGUGUUAAGGAUUUUCCCACUGCCAUUCCAUAAAGCUUUUCAGUAUUUUGAGCAAAUCACAAAUCAUGUUCUUAAAGUUGUGGAGGAGCACAAGAAGUCACGUGUUGCUGGAGAGCCCAGAGACUUGAUUGAUUAUUACUUGGAGGAGAUGAACAAGAAAGCAGAUCAACGCACCACAUUUGAUGAGUCACAGAUGGUCACUUUGCUGUUCGACCUGUUUAUUGCUGGAACUGAAACAACUUCUAACACACUCCGAACCUUAACUCUCUAUUUGAUGACUCACACUCAUAUACAAGAGCAAUGUCAGCGGGAGAUUGAUGAAGUCCUUGGUGCUCGUGAUCAUGUCACAUAUGAGGACAGAAACGCCAUGCAUUUUGUUCAAGCAGUGAUUCAUGAGGGACAGCGUAUUGCUGAUAUUGUUCCUCUUAGUAUGUUUCACACCGCCAGAACCGACACUCAACUGCGAGGAUACAGCAUCCCAAAGGGGACAAUUAUCAUCCCGUAUCUGUCAUCUUCUCUCAGAGAGGAAAGUCAGUGGAAGUUUCCACAUGAGUUUAACCCUCAGAACUUCUUGAAUGAAAAACGAGAAUUUGUGAAGAAUGAUGCAUUCAUGCCUUUCUCUGCAGGUCCUCGUGUGUGUUUAGGAGAAAAUCUAGCCCGCAUGGAGCUCUUCCUCAUCCUGGUCACAGUGCUGCGGAGAUUUCGUCUGGUCUGGCCGAUGGAUGCAGGAGAGCCGGACUUCACAUAUAUUUAUGGAGGAACUCAGACAUUGAAACCUUACCCUAUGAUUGUAGAGCUGCGAACGCCUAAAGAGUCUCGUGAAUAUACUAAAUGAACAUUUUUUGUCACAUUGCAAACUAUCACAAAGACACUUCCAUUUAAAAUACUAUAUUUAGUUUUAACGUACAAAGCAUUUAGCUUUAUUUACUAUAAAAAUGUGUGCGAUUAAAAAUACCUUUGUAUUACAUGGUUAAAGUCAUUGUUUAAUUGUGUUUGCUAAUUUAUGAAACAACUACAUCAAAAAUGAAACUGUAUUUCUAUCACAUUUGAAAAGCUCCCAGUUAAAUGCUAGUUGCCGGGUCUGUAGCUGUUGUAACAGUUAGCCGCUUACUAUACACUCACUAAAAAAAAUAAACAAAAAAAUGCUUAAAUAUUAUUGUGCUGCUAUAGUCAAAGUAAUGGAAGUUUCGUGUAGGUAUACCUUUAGAAUUCUAGCAUAAAUUUAAACUUGUUAAAAUAUAUAUUUGAUACUUUUUACAUGUGCAUGUAACAACCAAGACUGUAACAAUACAAAUCUGUUUGAGAAUCAGUGAAGUUGUUCUUCAGGUUCUCAUGGUGACAUCAGAUCUUUUAUUAAUGCGUUUUGUUGCUAAACUGUGUUUUGUUUGGCAGAACAUUCCUCUGUAGUUCUUUCUACAUAAAGCUGCACCUAGAUCCAAAAUACAUGUUGUGCAUGUUCUUCCUAUUUCAGCAAAUGUAACAGUUGAUUUGUUGCAUGUGUUUAAAUAUGUCUACAGCUAGAUUUACAGGUUGUGAUAGGAUUAUAUUUUUGUUGGUUAUACAUUACAUAAUUAAAAAAGUAUAUAACAUA